AUGGGUGUAAUCCGGAAUGGUUGGGAUCAAAUUGUGAAUGCACAUAAGUUUAAAGUCUCGGUUCUUUAUAAGGGGAUGAUUGAUGAUGGCACAAGGGUUCAGUGGCGAAAUCUGGUUCAGUUCAACAAGGGGCGACCACGUGCAGUUUUUUGCUUAUGGCAGGCUUGCUACGGAAAGCUUGCGACAAAAGACAGGUUGAAACGCUUUGGGAUGCUUGAGGAUAGCAACUGUAACUUAUGUCAAGCCGAGGAAGAAACGCUGAAUCAUCUUUUUUUCUCUUGUCAAGUGACCAGUCACAUAUGGAAGGAAGUGCUCGAUUCGUUUAACAUCCCUCAUGAUCCUCAACCAUGGGAUGCUGAGAUGAUUUGGCUCACCAAGUUAACAAAGGGAAAGGGCUGGAAAGCUGAAAUUUUGAGGAUGGUAGCUGCUGAAACUAUAUACAACAUCUGGGGAUAUAGGAAUGACAAAAAAUUUGGAAACACUGUAGAUAAUACAACCACGGUAUCUAACAUCAUUGACUAUGUGAUCUAUCGAGGGUGGAACAACAUUAGGAUUAGGAAACACUUUGUUAAUUUUAAGCUAUAA